UGCCUUUCUCCACAUUUUCGACUCCAAUCAUAUCUUCCCACCAACCCGCCACCACCGCCGCCGCCACCAUCCUCCCCAAUCCACCACAAUGCAAGCCUCACUACUCUCCACACUCCCUAACCACACCACCAUUCUCCCACCCACAUCUUUCCGAACCCACCACACCCAAACCCAUAAACCCUACUCACUCUCCGUCCGAGCCACCACCGAAACCACCACCACCCCAUCACCACCCCUAACCACCACAACAGACCCAUCUCCAAAACUCAACAAAUACAGCUCCAGAAUCACCGAACCCAAGUCACAGGGCGCAUCUCAAGCUGUUUUAUACGGUGUGGGUCUGUCAGAUGAUGAUUUAAGUAAGCCCCAAAUUGGGAUAUCUUCUGUUUGGUAUGAAGGUAACACUUGUAACAUGCAUUUGUUGAACCUUUCUGAGGCUGUCAAAGAAGGGGUUCAAGAAGCUGGGAUGAUUGGGUUCAGGUUUAAUACCAUUGGUGUUAGUGAUGCCAUUUCUAUGGGGACUAGAGGCAUGUGUUAUAGUCUUCAGUCUAGAGAUUUGAUUGCUGAUAGUAUUGAGACUGUCAUGUCUGCUCAAUGGUAUGAUGGGAAUAUUUCUAUUCCUGGCUGUGAUAAGAAUAUGCCAGGUACGAUUAUGGCAAUGGGGCGCCUGAACCGGCCAAGCAUAAUGAUCUACGGUGGAACCAUUAAGCCCGGUCACUUUGAAGGCCAUACAUUCGACAUAGUAUCGGCUUUCCAGGUUUAUGGAGAAUAUGUAAGUGGUUCCAUAAACGAUGAUCAAAGAAUAAACGUUCUUAAAAAUUCGUGCCCAGGGGCAGGGGCAUGCGGUGGAAUGUAUACUGCAAAUACGAUGGCUUCUGCCAUUGAAGCAAUGGGAAUGUCACUACCAUACAGCUCUUCAACACCUGCUGAAGAUCCAUUCGAGUUGCGAGUGCGAUUGCGAUAA